AUGCGUCCCACCACCGUCGGAGUCGUUUCGAUCGGGGACAUGGGGUUAGGCAUUGCGAAGCUGUUGCAUGCUCACGGCUACCGCGUGGUGACUGUCGGCGAGGGGAGAAGUGAGCACACCCUCGCGCGAAUCCACUCGGCUGCCAUCGAGACGCUCUCGGAUCAAGACCUAGUCAUCCAGGCAGACUACGUGCUGUCUAUCGUGCCGCCGAAACACGCACGGACUACAGCGCAACGGCUUGCCGAGGCAGGCCGGUUGCCCGACACGGCCACCCGAAGGCAGGCCAUCGAGGAUGCGGCCGGGCAGCCCGAGCGAUCUCGGCUCUACUACGUCGAGCUCAAUGCAAUCCCUGCGCGAAUGGCCCAGGAAAUUAGCGAGGAGUUGGUGGACGCCCGAUGCCAUUUUUUGGACGGUGGGAUCAUUGGCGGCCCGCCACAGAGCACGCAAGACGGGACCUGGACCAGACCCAGUCUGGUGCUGUCGGGCACAGUGGACCUGCCCCCCACAUUCCCACCACUGGCCUCGGUGCUGAAUAUGAAGCUGGUGUCGCCGCAGAUUGGUGCGGCAUCCACGCUCAAAUUGUCCUUUGCCGCGUUGACCAAGGGACUCACGGCCCUGUCAAUCCUGUCCUUUUCCACAGCGCAGCAGGAGUCACUACUCCCAGAGUUGCUGGAACACCUCGACCAAUAUUCUCCACGCACGGCCGCGCUCGCUCGGAAUGGAGUCGUCGGGAUGAGCCCCAAAGCGUACCGUUGGGUGGAAGAAAUGCACGGGAUCGGGGAGGCGUUCGACACGGAAGGUGGGUGGGACGGGGUUGGGGGCAGGAUUUAUGGCGGAUUCGCAGAGAUCUACCGCAGCAUCGCCGAGGAUCCGGUGCUGGGGGUGGAACGAGUCGAGAAUCGAACCAGAGGUACCACCGUUGAUGAUGCAGCGCAGUUGAUUGCCCGAGCACGACAUCCAAUGUCAUCAGGAGGGGGCCGGGGGGAUUGA